AUGGAGUGGCGCGAGCAGACCAGCGUGAGUUGCGAGGACGCCUUCCGGGAGGCUCGGCGCUGGAUGGAGGAAGUGACCGGGAAGCCGUUCGGUAGCAGACAUUUCCGUGCUGCUCUAGAAAAUGGGGUGCUGCUGUGCGAUUUGAUCAACCAGCUGAAACCUGGACUUAUCAAGCGAGUCAACAGGCUCUCAACUCCCAUCGCAGGACUGGAUAAUGUGAGUGUAUUCCUUAAAGCCUGUGGAAAACUGGGACUGCAUGAAGCGCAGCUCUUCCACCCAGGGGACCUGCAGGACCUAUCCACUCGAGUAACACUCAGGCGAGAAGAAAGUAACAGGAGACUUAAAAAUGUUCUGAUCACAAUCUACUGGUUGGGCCGCAAGGCUCAGCUCGACCCGUUCUACAGCGGACCUCAGCUUAACUUGAAGGCCUUGGAGGGGCUGCUGGGUUUGGCCCUGUCCAGGGCUCUGGAGGAGGGCGGCAGUGUGUCUCUGAAGGGCAGCGGACACGGCGAGUCCUGGUAUUUGCCGAGGGAAGACCAGCUGCGUGUGAGACCGGGCUACGGGAGAGAGUACUCCGUGGACUGCGUCGACUCGCCGACCCUCCACUCAGGCUGUGGCAGUGACACAGAGGCAGAUCAGGUGUUUCAGAUGGAGACCACGCAGCCCACAUCUCCCGGAGACAGAGGCUCUGUCCCACCGUCACGCCUCGGGAGGACAUCUGCACGGCAGGAGAAUGGAACGGGCUAUCCCAGCCCACUCACCAGCAGCAAUGCAGGCGCUUCCAUUUUCCCUCGACCCCAACUGGCUCUAAUUCCCACUGACGAGCUUCUCCUGAGAGAUCUCUGUGAGGAAGACUCUGAGGACGACGAUAAAGAGGCGGACCCCGUCCUAGAUGACCUAUAUGCCCGCAGAGUGCGGCAGACCCUUCGCCAGACAUCCUCCAAUCUCCACUAUGACCACUUCUUGCCUCAAUACUGGACACCCGAGGAGGAGAUCCGCGUCCGCAGGAUCUACCUCGGCUCCCAGAGGAGACCCUGGUAUCGCAAAUUGCAGCGCUUAAGGAGUAAAUCUCUGAGUGACAUCCCGAUGGUGUCCCCCGCGCGUAUCUCUGAUGGCAAGGCCCGUGACGGCAGCGUGGCACGGGAGAGCAAGCGGGAACCGCUAGUGAGGAGCAGCACCAGGUUCAAGGACAGUGAGGCCAAGUGGCAGGAUGACUUGACAAAGUGGAAGAACCGUCGCAGGAGCACCACCUCUGACCUCCGUCGGAAGUUGCAAGAGCGGGAGCAUGUCAUUAAUCAGAUGAUCAGCGGGGCCAUGGCUAGCCCCAGGAAGACGGCGGGCGGGCCGCUGAAGAGGAUGGGAGCCCUCAUAGGAGCCAUGCCUGCGUCCAAUCCCACCUUCUUAGGGGAAGAUAUCCACCUGGCUACCCUAGCCUCAGAUGGAGGAGAGGUCACCACACCCUCUCUGGACUGCCCAUUGAGCUCUCAGGCCCAAGUCGAGGCCCGCGGCAACCUAGGACCUCUCGAAACCACAUUCGUGUUGAGCCAGCCUGCUACUGUCGACCAGAUUGCUUAUCCAGAUAUGCUGCAUAACAAGCCCGUAACAUCAACCACUAAUGGCUCUAGAGCAGAUGUCACCGACACGCUCAUUUCUGCUGUGUCCAGUGGUUCUAGUCGCCAGGCGUUCUCAUCUUCCAUCGAGUCCACACCACAGCCCAGUCCAGUCAGCCAUGUAACUGUGGAUUCUGUGACAGACUUGUCCUACCAGAACAAGGAUUCCCCGACAGAGGCCCAGACGAGAUCCAGCCAGCAGCCCGCAGGCCUCUACAGGCAGGUUGCAUCCUCGCAGAUAAGAAUUGAGCAACAGGCUAGAGUCAAACAGGAGAGAGAGAAAGAGAGUGGCAAACAGAAGGCGAAGGGAGAAGGUGGUGGGCAGGUGGAGGAUGGUGCUACUUCCUUCAGCCGGACGUCUCGCCAGACCAGCGGAUUUCACCAUCAGCCUUACGCCAACAAACACUUCCUCCACAGCAAAAGCCUGUCUCUGGGAGGGCAAGAUAAGAUGGCGGAGGUAUAUCGCAGUGACUUGAGGGUGAGUCUGAGUCUUAAACCGAACAGUAGACCAGACUUCGGUUUCCAAACCCACUGGGACUCCACCGGAGUUAGAGUCAAGUCUGUUCAAGUCGGCGGUCCCGCAGAACUGUGCCAGCUGCGUGUGGGGGAUGAGAUUGUAGCUGUCAAUGGACUCGCAGUGACCUACAUGAGCUAUGAUCAGUGGAACAGUACCAUGGCCUCCGCGCUGCACACCGGCGGUCUCACCAUGGAGCUUCGACGCUACGGCAACAAAGAUUGGAGCAGCAACGACGGAGGUCAUGCUAGCCUGCCGAGCCAGAGCAAGAAGGCCCUCAAUCUGACUGCUGCAGCGCCCAUGCUGAUAGGUCACCCAGAACCCCAUGCCAACAGCACUGCCGGUACAAAAACCAUGGAUGCAGAAUCUGCCCAGCUCAGUGGUACAGGAGGUACAGGCGUUAAUGGAGAGUCGGGUAACAACCCCAGCACCACCAGCAGCAAAGGUAUUGACACAAAUGGCGCAAAAUAUGAACAUAUUGUUGUGACAAAUCGGGAAAGAAGAGCAGAUUUUUUCAAAGAGAAAGUGUGUUCCCGACCUGAUCGUACAGAUCCUGUCUCCACGCAGGGCCUCCUCCUUGGCCUGAUGAAGCUGCUUGAGUUUUGGUGUGAAUCAGGGCUUAUUACUGAAGGUGGUUCAGAGUCAGCCAUAUCUGAUCUUCAGGUGCCAUCCCUCAGCCAGUCCUCAUCCAGCUGGUCGUGGGACCAUGAAGAGGAGCGCAGGCGCCAGGAGAGGAGCAAUGUCAGCGAGACCAAGAGCGGCUUGAGGCAGAGUGGCGGAGAGCACAGCACGAUGCAACAAGAGAGGUGGACAGAAAAGCAGAGAUCUAAUUACUGUAAGUAUUUGCAGCAGAGCUCCUAUAAGGUAACUGGCGGCAUUAGGAACACGACCAGCAACCCGCCCCCUGCGAACCGACUGAUGAGUCAGAAUGGACACACUAAAUGGAGCGCCAACGGGGAAGAGGAGUCAAAACUACAGAGGGACGAGCAGGGGGCGCAGAAUGAGAAAAGUGACAAGGUGGCAGAACAGUACUGGGCUAGAGGCUCCAGUGGUUUUGCCCAGCUUUCUCCUGCAGACAGGUCAAAGUCGAGGUCAACUCCAGCACUGUCUGGCCUCCACAAACACACUACAGGUGAUCGCAGCACAAAGACGGGGCCGAGUGUCUCUAAAGCGGAGCAAGAAAGGCAGCAAAUUCUGGAGGAGAUGAAGAAGAGAACGCAGCUUCUGAAAGACAACAGUUGGAUACGCCAGCGCAGUACCAGCGUUUACAAAGAGCCCAUCUACAUGGGGGUCCCCAUGAGAAGGUACGAGUCUCUCGACAACCUCUACACUUCAUGGCGUCAGUCCCCUGUCUCCGCCACUUCCUCCUCUAUGGCCAGUUAUUACCGCCCCCAUUCAGCUGCCGCUGGCUACUCUGGCCCUGGUAGGAGCAUUUCUCCCCGAUACAGUGUGGGUGGGGCAGGUUUAUCCCAGAAGCCAGCAUCUUGGUCCAUGGACUCCUCCAGCACCUUUCCCGGUUACUUCGCCCCUGGAGACAAGCUGCCUGGCCAGUCACUGCCCGGCCCUCAGCAGUCCGGCAGGUUGGUGAGUGGAAGAAGGACGUGCUGUGUGUGUGAGCAUGUCCUGGGUAGGGGGGCGGCCAUGGUCAUCGAGGCCCUUGGCCUCAACUUCCACCUGGCCUGCUUCCAGUGUGUGGCUUGCUGCCAACAUCUCGGAGGAAGAGGGGCGGGAGUGCAGGUCCGAAUCAGAAAUGGGAGACCCUACUGCGAGUCCUGCUAUUUCCGACUCAAGUGUGAGUAUGGAGUCCGUAUGAUGGAAUGA